GGUGGGUUCGUACGGCAGACGCCGCCAGCACGUUAGUACUGAAUGAGCUUCAGUGUUUGGCUUUGGUUUGACAAGUUUCCCCGACAGUCAUGGGGGUAGGAGUGAAGAGUUAGUUGGCACGUCAAAAAAAGUUGCAGCUCACUCUGCGCGUGUUUCAGGUAACUUGGGAUCGGACGCUUUUGGCAAAUGUAGGCGACGUAAUAAGUGUCCGAUUUUCUUCCUUCCGAGCGGUUCGAUAGCCAGUCAGCUCCACAUUAAGCCAGACACAGGAGACGAAGAUGAAUGACGUUAACUUGUCGUUUGACGAUGCUUCGUUGGAUAACCUGGAUCCAACACUGUCGCUCAAUGACCCCAGCGACAUCGACACGGCCCUCUUAAGCGACAUCGACGACAUGCUACAGCUCAUCAACAGCCAGGACAUGGAGUUUGGAGGACUUUUUGAUAACCCAUACACAGGGCCUCCUCCCACCCAAGAGCUUCCUGGUUUGACCCAGUCCAUCACCCCGACUGCCCCCCCAGCCGCCACUACCGUACCUCCACCUUCCUCCUCAAUCCUUAGCAGUAGUCCCCACCUGGAUGCACUCCUGGGCCCUCCCAUCACCCGUAGUUCCUCCACCCCAGACAAGGCCUUCCAGCCUCCCACUUUCCAGAAGUCCCCCCUGGCCCAGGUGGCCAACUGCACCCAGAGGCAGCAUCCAACGUCCCUGCAGCUGGCUCCGAGCCUCAGACAGCCCCAGGUGGAGCAGCCCCAACCCAUUCUCAGCCAGUCUGCUCCAGCCCAGGCAGCUUCACCGCAUGGCUCACCAGGACCGAACUCAGCUUUCAGCUCCAUGCCCCAGGCCCUCUUCGCCUCACCUGCACCCCAGACUCCGCCUGCACCCCAGACUCCACCCCAGCCUCAGCCCCAGCAGAAGCCCCAACCCCAGACCCAGCCACAGCUGCAGCCGCAGACACAACUUCAAGCCCAGGCUCAGUCCCAAAAGAUCCGGACCAACUUCAGCAGCCAAAACAGCUUCACAGCUGGCAGUCCCGGCAGUGUAAGCCAACCCGCUACCAGCUUGUCGUCCUCACCUCAAAGUGUUCAGCCAGUGACCAUUCAGACUCAGAUCCAAGGGCUGACUACCACUUCUCCUCUCCUGACUACGUCAGCAAGCCCGCCAGUUCAAGCCAUUGCACCCCACGUACAGCAAGUACCUGUGUUGCUGCAGCCCCAGUUCAUCAAGGCCGAUUCUCUGCUGCUGACCACUCUGAAGCAUGACCCCUGCAUUGUCACAACUGUGGCCUCUCCCACAUCCCUGGCCAACACCACCUCCGUACAGAGCGCUUCACUGCAGGCCUUCAUGGGCGGCGGCACCAUCCUGACCACGGUGCCUGUCAUGGUGGACGCUGAGAAGCUACCCAUCAACCGCAUCGCCAUCAGUAGCAAGACCACUGGGCUGCCGCACAAAGGCGAGAAGCGCACAGCACAUAACGCCAUCGAGAAGCGCUACCGCUCCUCUAUUAAUGACAAAAUCAUCGAGCUCAAAGAUCUGGUGGCCGGCACUGAGGCCAAGCUCAACAAGUCUGCAGUGCUGAGGAAAGCCAUCGACUACAUCCGUUACCUGCAGCAGGCCAACCAGAAACUCAAGCAGGAGAACAUGGCUCUGAAAAUGGCAGCCCAGAAAAACAAGUCUCUCAAGGACCUGGUUGCCAUGGAGGUGGAUGGACAGGCUGAUGUGAAGAAUGAGCUGCCCACCCCGCCAGCCUCCGAUGUGGGCUCCCCCACCUCUUUCUCACACUGUGGCAGUGACACGGAGCCUGACAGUCCGAUGGUGGAGGACACCAAGCCGAAUGUGGGCAUUGUAGACAGUUCGGCAGCAGGAGGUAGAGCUGCCGGCAUGUUGGACCGUUCCCGCAUGGCAUUGUGCGGCUUCACCUUCCUCUUCCUCUCCCUCAACCCUCUGGCAGCCCUGCUCUGCUCAUCUGGCAGCAGUUCACCCGGAAGCCCUGGAGCCUCCCAUCAUGCGGGAAGGAGCAUCCUGGGUGUGGAUAUUGCAGCGGACUCGUGGGGCUGGAUGGACUGGAUGCUGCCAACCAUACUGGUGUGGCUACUGAACGGUAUUCUGGUUUCUGGGGUUCUCAUCCGACUGUUGGUGUAUGGAGAGCCUGUAACCAGACCACAUUCUGGAUCCUCUGUCUUGUUCUGGAGGCACCGCAAGCAGGCUGACCUGGACCUAGCUAGAGGAGAUUUUGCCCAGGCCAGUCAGAACCUGUGGACCUGUUUAAAGGCUCUCGGUCGUCCUUUACCCACCUCCCAGUUGGACCUGGCCUGCGCUGCACUCUGGUCCCUGCUAAGAUUCUGUCUCCAGCGCCUCUGGGUGGGCCGCUGGCUGGCUGCCAGGGCUGGAGGGCUGCGAUCUGAUCGCCCCCUGCAGGAGGACGCCUGCAAAAGCAGCCGUGACGCCGCCCUGGUUUACCACCGCCUGCACCAGCUACACAUGACAGGUAAGCUGAAUGGUAGCCACCUGUCAGCAGUGCACAUGGCUCUGAGUGCCGUGAACCUGGCAGAGUGUGCUGGCUCCUGCCUGCCCGUAGCCUCUCUGGCUGAGGUCUACGUCUCUGCAGCUCUACGGGUCAAAGCCAGCCUGCCAAGGAUCCUGCAUUUUACCUCUCGUGUAUUCCUGAGCAGUGCCCGCCAGGCGUGCCUGUCAUCCAGUGGCAGUGUGCCUCCAGCAAUGCAGUGGCUCUGUCACCCACUAGGUCACCGCUUCUUUGUGGAUGGGGAUUGGGCUAUUCGCAGCACACCUAGAGAAAGCAUCUACAGCCAGGCUGGCAAUACUGUGGAUCCCCUGGCCCAGGUGACCCAGGCAUUCAGAGAACACCUCCUGGAGAAGGCUCUAUAUUGUGUGGCCCAGCCUCAUGAAGAGAAAAGCCCCAGCCAGGGCGAGGGGGAGUAUGCAGACGCCCUGGAGUACCUCCAACUGUUGAUUAGUGCAUCAGAUGCGGCUGGUGCCACCUCCCAGUCCUUUGCUAUUGGUUCCAACAUGGCUACUGUGACUGGCUGCGACCCCCACUCCAAGUGGUGGUCCUCUGUUGCUGUGGUGAUCAUCAACUGGCUCCAAGGAGAUGACGCUGCGGCGGAGAGACUGUAUCCUACUGUGGAGCACUUGCCCCGCAGUCUGCAGAACGCAGAGAGUCUUCUGCCCAAUUCGUGUCUGAACACAUUCAGGGCGGUGAGGGCUCUGCUGUCCAAGCCAGAAAACUGCCAGUUGAGUCUGAGCUACAGCGACAAGGCCAGCUCCCUGCUCCGAGACAGCCUCAACCUAGGACCACACUGCCACAGCUCCAGUUUAGACAAGGUUGUCCAGCUGCUCUUGUGUGACCUCCUGUUGGUGAUGAGGACCAAUGUGUGGCGUCUGCAGCAGGGGGCCGGUCCUGCGUGGUCAGGGUUGGUAGGUACCAGUGGCCCCACGGGGGUCCACCAGGCCUCCCCACCGGAGCUCCAAGGCUUUCAGCAGGAUCUAAGCUCUCUUCGCAAGCUGGCGCACAGCUUCAGGCCUGCAAUGCGAAGAUUGUUCCUUCAUGAAGCUACAGCCAGGCUGAUGGCAGGGGCCAGUCCCACCCGCACACAUCAGCUGCUGGAUCGCUCGCUGCGACGAAGAGCUACGCCCGGAGCCAAGACAGAAGAGUGCGAGACGCGGCCAGGCCAGCGAGAGCAGGCGGAGGCCGUGAUGCUGGCGUGCCGUUACCUUCCUCCCUCCUUUCUGUCGGCUCCCGGCCAAAGGGUGGGCAUGCUGGCGGACGCAGCCCGCACCCUGGAGAAGCUGGGAGACAAGAGGACCCUCCACGACUGCCAGCAAAUGAUCAUCAAGCUGGGCAGUGGUACCACUGUCACCAACAGCUAGAGAGAAAGGGGGGGCGGGGAGCGCGAGAGACAAGCAUGGACAUUGUAUAUAAGAAACAUCUCUGACAUACAAAAACACACAGAUACAGAAAAGAAACAUGUCCCCACAGACACACAACCAUACUGUCUCAAUUUAGCGCGCAGCUAUUGAACAGAUUUAAUAAAUUAUACAGAUUCAUAUCAAGCUGUCAAGAUUUUCUUCAUGGAUUGUUCCUCCCACCACCCCAACCUCACAGUAGGAGGCACUUCUUGUCACUCUUGUUUCUGUGGAUUAUUAACAGAAUAUAUGAAGCAUUUUGCUCUCUAACCGAGCUGAAUCUCCCGCUGUGAGAAUGCAUUGCAGUGCCACAGUUUGACCACAGAGAGGAGCCACCUUGGGUGGUGGGUGGGUGGGUGGGUGGUGGGUGUGUGUGUGUGAAGCCUAACAGAGAUGUUUGCCCUGCAUUUAUUCAGAAUAGCCCCAGCCCCUGAUCUUUUUGUCAUAGAUGCACUUUCUACAGGCAGGAGUGCCCAGUUGGGUUGGAGUGGCGGGCUGCUCUGAUUGGCUGCAGAGUGAGGAGUCUGUCGUUCGUGGGAGGAAAACGACCAAACCCGGAUUGGUCCGACCGUGGGCUUGUUCAGUGGGAAGCCACUCAGCAGGUUGUUCAAAUAUUGUUUAAAAAGUUAAUUUGAAUCAUGUUUUUCAAAUGAUAAUCUGAUGCGUGGUGAGCCACUGCACAAGCUCUGUCUCUAUCUGCACUAGCCCUACAAGGCUGAAUUAAAUGAGAUGAGUAAUAAAAUGGCUUUAUGAGGUUAUUUUCAUUGAGAUCGUUGUUUUUUGCUAUGUAAAUAUUUUAAAAAUGUAUUUAUAAUCUAAACAUUUGAUUAAGCAGUAUUUUGCAUAAGCAGAGUGAUGAAUGCUUUUCUUCCUUCAAACCUGUUUUUAUUUGGUAGCUUUUACCGGGGUCCUGAUAACAUAGUUACUGUACUGCCAUGGCGACGAGUUUCAAAGUGGAGACGGUAUCAAGUUAUUUGUGUCACAUUGUCUGACUCAGUUGACCUUUUGCACUGUUGCACACGUGUGCAACUAUGUUAUCAAAAGAAAUUGGCAGCGUCCAAUUCAGGCAUCGCCAACCCGACAACUCAAAACUGUAACGUGAACCUUUGGCACUUUUGUAAACAAGUUACAUGAGUCAUGCAGACAACAAAAUAAUUGACAAUUUUUUUUUUCCAAAGAGGGCCUAUUCUAUAGUGAAUCUUCUGGUUUUCCUUUGUAACAUACUUGCUGUCUAAGUCAUUAUAGUUUCAUGCACCUAUAGAACCACCGUUUAAUGAUGUUUACAGGAAUGUAAAAAACAAACUUUGGCAUGUCUUUUUUUUCCCAGGACCAGUAUGUUUUUAUAGUGUGUCACUAAUGUGAAAGACUGAAAGACCAUUGGAUUGAGAUGAAUGAGAGCCAUGUCUAAAGGUAUUAUUCAUGUGUCCUUUAACAUCUGUUCAUCUCUUCCUUGUUCUUUGGUUUCAUCCUUUUAUGAUGUAAAUAUUAAAGCAUUUUGUAAAGAAGACUA